AUGGAUAAAGAAAAAGAUAGGGAGAGUCCUUGUAAAAACGACAUCGUUUUCUUCUUCAACCGCCUGACCACUGGUUUUACCCCUUUUUUUUUUUUACAUCUUCCUCUUCCCACUUCCUCUGUCAAUACUCAGACAAGCCAAAUGGAGCUAGAAGGCGAUGAUGGCUCGACGAUUGAAUUGAAAGACGACAGUUCCGAGACUGUGUUUGGAAGAGGCUCAGGGUCUAACACCAAAGACAGAACCGUCUCUCGCCGUCACAUCUUAUUUCACCUCGACAAAACUGAAAACCAUACAGAGCCUAGGGUUUCAUUUCAAGUUAUUGGUAAGAACCCACUCUGGGUGCGAAGCGGCGGUGGUGGAAAAGAGGUUAAGGUUUUCAGGAAGCUCGAGAGGGGUGAAAUGGCAGCCGGUGACUGGUUUUGCAUUUCAAGUCAAAGUCCUGUUUGGUUCAACCUGAAGAGAAUCGGAAUUGGAGAAGAAAGGGAUUUUGGGAGUGUGAAUGGUAGCGAGAGACUGGGUGAGAAUUCAGAAAGUGUUGAUCUUUCAGAAAUUGAUCCUGUUAAAGAGUUUGGAUUUCUGGUAAUUGGGCACGAGUUCGACUGCUAUCCCAAGCAAAGAUUCCGCGAUGUGAAGAAUUGGUAUUGGUUCCUCGAGGAACCUGAGGAAGAUAGCGAGGACGGUGGGAGUUUUGAGAGUAAUAGAAUGAAGAGGAAAGGAAAUGGGAGGAGAAAGAGGAAGAAAGGUGGAGGUAAUGACGAGGAUGAUGAUGAUUGGAGUGGUGAGAGUGAAGAAGAUAAGGAGACUGUAGCGAAAAUAAGAAAGAUUGAGAGAUCAAAACAUUCAACAAGAUCGAAGGAAAAAAAUAAACCCCAUAAAGAUAGAGACAGAAAGAAAGAUUCUUUGCAGAGGAACACUGUGAAUGAUGACGAUGAUGAUGAUGCUGAUGCUACACUUGGAGGCUUUAUUGUGAAUGAUGAUGAUGUUGACGAGGAACAAGGAGGAGAAAGCGAUAAAGAAGAGGAAGAAUUUAUUGAUGAUGAAGAUGAGGACGAGCUAGAUGAUUGAAUUUUAAUAGAAUGAACAGAUAAUUCUACUGAUAUUGUUCAUAAAUGCUAGUUUGCUGCUAACUAAUGCGUUCCUUUUCUCUUUUUCUACACCAUAUGCUACUGUAAUGUUUCUAAGCCUAGCUUGCAUGGAAUUUUCUGUUUACACCAGAGCAGAAAUGAUGUCUAAAAUAGAAUUGAAUUGGUUGAUGCUAAA